GCCAAUAAAAGGUACAAACAUCUAAGAGGUCUUAGAAGUGCUGGAUGUCAGUGCCAAAAUGGUUACCUGCAGAGCAGCAUUUUUACUUUUCACUGUUUUCCAUUCAGUGGCGGCCAGUAUUUUGGAUAACUAUAUCAAAACUGAAGGAGCCUGGAUAUUUGCUGCCCGGAAAAGCUAUUACAUAACAAAAACUAGCCUAGAAUGUGCAGAAAAAUGCAAUACUGAAACAAAGUUUACUUGCAGGGCUUUCAGAUACUCUACCAAAGACCAGGAAUGUAUAACACAUGUAGACAACAGCAAAACAACGCAGGUGUUGCGAAGGGGAGACACAACUUUCUAUGAGAAGAAAAUUUACCUGACAGAGUGUAAAGAAGGCAAUGGAGUGGGCUAUAGAGGAUUCUUAUCCCACACUGCUUCAGGAAAAACCUGCCAACAGUGGACAUCCAGCACCCCACAUAAGCCCAACAUCACAGCAACAACACAUCCAGAUGCAAAUUUGGAGUCAAACUACUGCAGGAAUCCAGACGGUGAUCCAGAAGGCCCAUGGUGCUACACCACUGAUCCAAAGUUGAGAUGGGAACACUGCCUGAUACAAGAUUGCAGUGAGGAAUGCAUGCACUGCAGUGGAGAAGAUUACCGGGGGAAAGCUGCAAAAACAGAAAGCGGCUAUGUUUGCCAACGCUGGGAUUCUCAAAGUCCACACAGCCAUGGAUAUCUACCAGAUAUAUUGCCAGAUAAAUACCUAGAGGAGAACUAUUGCCGGAACCCUGACGGAGAGCCUCGGCCCUGGUGUUUCACAACCAACCCUUUAAAACGCUGGGAGUACUGUUCCAUCCCUCGCUGUGUUACUCAGCCUCCUGCCAUCACCCCGGAGUUGACAUGUGCAACUGGAGAUGGCAGUUCUUAUCGAGGAACCGUAUCCGUGACAGAGAAUGGAAAAAUAUGUCAGGCCUGGGAUUCUCACACCCCACACAAACAUUCCAGAACUUCAGAGAACUACCCCUGCAAAGGUCUUGAAAAAAACUAUUGCCGAAACCCUGACAAUGAAAGAAUGCCUUGGUGUUACACAACUGACCCAUCAACUCGAUGGGAGUACUGCAAAGUGUCAAGUUGUGGUGCUCAGCCUCAGACAGUAUGGGAAGAACCGAUUGUUCCUCCUCUUUUGGACUGCUACGUAAAUAACGGGAAGACAUAUCGUGGAAUAACAUCACAGACCAUCAGUGGCAAGAAGUGUCAGUCCUGGAGCAGCAUGAAACCUCACAGUCAUAAUAAGACCCCACAGAAUUUCCCAGAUGCGGAUCUGAGGAGAAACUACUGCAGGAACCCUGAUGAUGACAGGGCGCCCUGGUGCUAUACCAUCGAUCCCAGUGUGCGAUGGGAAUACUGCAGCAUUGACAGGUGCCCAAUUGUGCCAUCUAAUGAUGCCAUCACCAACUUCAAGCCUCCUGUGGAAAAACCUUCUUCUACUGUUGAGCUUUCAAAACCAGAAGUACCUCCACAAAAUCCUGAUGCUAAAGACUGCAUAGUUGGCAAUGGAGAAAAUUACAGAGGGACAAAGUCAAUUACUAUGCUGGGGGUAACAUGCCAGGAAUGGGCCUCCAAUACACCACACCAGCAUGACAACUUCACUCCUCAGACCCACCCUGAUAAGGGACUUGACUCAAAUUAUUGCAGGAAUCCAGAUGGCGAUGUAAACGGACCAUGGUGCUACACAACGGAUCCAAACAAAAAAUGGGACAUUUGUGAAAUCCUCAAGUGUGAAGUCCUGGAGUGCGGAUACUCUGCUGUGAAACCCAAAAGAUGCUUUGGCAGAAUCGUUGGCGGCUGUGUUUCCAAGCCCUACUCGUGGCCCUGGCAGAUUAGCCUUCGCACAAGUUUCAAUGCCCAUUUCUGUGGAGGUACUCUGAUAGCUUCACAGUGGGUUCUAACUGCUGCCCACUGCCUGGAAAAAUCGUCAAGGCCCUCUGCAUACAAGGUCUUGUUAGGAAUCGCUACUGAAAAAGCAGAUGAACCGUCAAAACAAGAGAGAGAUGUUGAAAGACUGAUUUUGGGACCUAGUGGAACAGAUAUUGCAUUAAUUAAGUUAAAAAGUCCUGCUUUACUUAAUGAUAAAGUGCAGCCAGCCUGCUUGCCAGAGAAAAAUUAUAUUGUGCCGAGUGGAACAGAAUGCUACGUGACAGGUUGGGGUGAAACGAAAGGUACCGGAGGAGAUGGUGUGCUUAAGGAAACCGGGUUUCCAAUCCUCGACAACAAAGUCUGCAAUCGUCCAGAGUAUCUCAAUGGCAGGGUGAAGGCACACGAAAUGUGUGCAGGAAACAUUGAAGGAGGCACAGACAGCUGUCAGGGUGAUAGCGGUGGUCCCCUGGUUUGUUAUAAGGCUAGGAGUUUUGUUCUUCAAGGAGUGACUUCGUGGGGGCUUGGCUGUGCCAAUGCCAUGAAACCUGGAGUCUACGUUCGAGUGUCCUACUUUGUUGACUGGAUUGAAAGAACCAUGAAAAUCUAUCAGUGAGCGAGCAACUUUGUACUCUGCACCUACAAUGACCUUUUUAAUGUUGUCUUUAUAAUUAAUACUUUUCUUAAUGUUUUGUAAAUACAGCACUUUGAAAUGAUUACGAACAAAGGACUAAA